CUGACAGCACGCUGGGGCUGCCUUUCCCAAGACAAGCUCAGCUCUCAGUUUUCUGCCCGUCUUAUUGCCGCUCUCAUUGUCUUUGUCGACAGUGAUAAAGAGAGCAGUUCAACCGGGCCCUGUAUUUGGAAUAAGAAAGCAUUGCUGUUUUCUGACUUUGAGAGAAGAAAGAAAGGACUCCUCUGGAAUUUCCUAAGGAAUUUUAUUCGGACAGCCUUGUUACCGGGGCUUUGCAUUCAACCGCCUGGGUAAAUAAUGUGACCAACUCUUCCACACUAGGGAAAUUCUGAGGAGUUCUCUUCUUUCAUCACUCUGGUCCGAGGCAGCAAUCGCAAAUUUACUAUUCCAAGCGGGUGGGGGCAAAGGGGGCAGUGCAUUUAAGUGGUGUGUCGGCGAGGUUAAACUGCAGCGUUGGGCACAAUGUUGGCACCUGCAUGAACCCAAAAGUGGAGCCUCAUUUCUUGUUCUCUUUCCUGAGACGACAACCACAGGAUGAGGCCUGAGGCAGGUCUCAGGAGAGAGAAUGUUCCAUGACUUUCACACCUUCAACCUCAAGCUCUUGAACUGUUUGGAAGGUUGCUUGGGUGCUUAAAGGCUGUGAAUACCCUGCAUCUGAGAAAUCAGACCAGACUGACUCACAGGGCUCUGUGAGCCAGCGCCACCGAGGCUGCCAAAGCAUGCUGGUGCCAAGCUGUCCCACCAUGCACAGAGCCAGGCCCACGCUGCUGCUGCCGCUGCUGCUCGUCCUGGGUCUGCUACUCCACCUCGCCGACGCAGAAUCACCACCAAAGUUUUUAAGAACCCCCAAUGACCAAACGGGAGUGCAAGGAGGUGUGGCAUCAUUCAUCUGUCAAGCCACAGGAGAUCCACGGCCGAAGAUUGUGUGGAACAAGAAGGGGAAGAAAGUCAGCAACCAGAGAUUUGAGGUGAUUGAGUUCGAUGACGGCUCUGGUUCGGUGCUAAGAAUUCAGCCCUUACGCACACCCCGAGACGAAGCCAUAUACGAAUGCGUCGCCUCCAACAGUGUUGGAGAGGCGAGCGCUACCACCAGACUCACUGUUUUACGUGAGGACCAGCUGCCCCCUGGUUUCCCCACCAUAGACAUGGGCCCACAGUUGAAAGUGGUGGAGCGAACACGCACUGCCACCAUGCUCUGUGCCGCCAGCGGCAACCCUGACCCAGACAUCUCCUGGUUCAAGGACUUCCUCCCUGUCAACACCACCAACAACAAUGGACGCAUAAAGCAGCUCAGAUCAGAAUCCUUUGGUGGUACACCAAUAAGAGGAGCCCUCCAGAUAGAGCAGAGCGAAGAGUCUGACCAGGGGAAGUAUGAGUGUGUGGCAACCAACAACGAUGGAACCCGCUACUCUGCCCCGGCAAAUCUAUACGUCAGAGAGCUACGAGAAGUACGUCGAGUGCCGCCACGAUUCUCCAUCCCGCCCACAGACAAUGAGAUCAUGCCAGGGGGCAGUGUCAAUAUCACAUGUGUGGCAGUGGGCUCUCCCAUGCCCUAUGUCAAGUGGAUGCUGGGUGCUGAGGACCUUACACCUGAGGAUGACAUGCCCAUUGGACGGAACGUCUUGGAGCUCACAGAUGUCCGCCAGUCUGCCAACUACACCUGUGUGGCCAUGUCAACUCUGGGGGUGAUAGAGGCGGUGGCACAGAUAACAGUAAAAGCGUUGCCCAAGCCUCCUGGCAUUCCUGUGGUGACAGAACGAACAGCCACCAGCAUCACAUUGACGUGGGAUUCUGGCAAUCCUGAACCAGUUUCCUAUUAUAUCAUUCAGCAUAAGUCCAAGUUCUCAGAGGACUCGUACAAGGAGAUUGAUGGUGUUGCCACCACUCGCUACAGUGUGGGUGGCCUCAGCCCGUACUCUGACUACGAGUUUCGGGUGGUGGCGGUGAACAACAUUGGGCGCGGGCCACCCAGCGAGAGCAUCGAGGCCAAAACGGCGGAGCAGGCACCCAGCACGGCACCCAGGCAGGUCAGGGGUCGUAUGCUGAGCGCCACCACAGCAGUCAUCCACUGGGAUGAGCCAGAGGAGGCCAACGGGCAGAUAAUGGGCUACAGAGUCUACUACACCAUGGAUUCCAACCAACAUGUCAACCUCUGGGAGAAGCAGAUUGUUCGGGGGUCUAACUUCCUUACUAUCCAGGGACUCAUCCCCAAUAAGACCUACUAUAUCAAGGUUUUGGCAUACACCUCAGUGGGUGAUGGACCUCUCUCUCCAGACCUUCAGAUCAUCGCUAAGACAGGAGUUCCCUCUCAACCAACCGACUUCAAAGGAGAAGCCAAAUCAGAAACAAGCAUAUUACUUUCAUGGAUUGCCCCAGCACAGACUGGACAGGACAAUCAAAUCACAGGAUAUGAACUUUUGUACAGGAAGAGGGAUGAGAAAGAAGAGAAACGCAUCAGCUUCGAGCCAACCACCACAUACCUACUGAAGGACUUGAAGCCCUUCACUACUUAUACUUUCCAGCUAGCUGCCCGUAGUAAACAUGGAGUCGGCGCUUACACCAAUGAGAUCUCCGCUGAAACUCCACAAACACAGCCCUCGGGCCCACCUCAGGAUGUCAAGUGCUAUAGCCCCAGCUCCACCAACAUCCUGGUAAGUUGGCGGCCACCCCCGACGGAAUUACAAAAUGGGAUCAUAACGAAAUACACCGUGCAGUAUACCGCAACCGAAGGGGAGGACACUACCACUCGCCAAAUCUCCGACAUCCCUCCGGAAAACUCCCAGUACCUUUUGGAAAACUUGGAAAAAUGGACGGAGUACAGUGUGACGGUCACUGCUCAUACAGAUGUCGGAGCAGGACCAGAAAGCUUGCCACAGCUCAUCCGCACAGAGGAAGAUGUUCCCAGCGGGCCACCUCGUAAAGUUGAGGUGGAGGCUGUCAACUCCUCAUCAAUUAAAGUGAUCUGGCGCUCACCGAUGCCUACCAAGCAGCACGGUCAGAUCCGAGGGUACCAGGUGCACUAUGUCAGGAUGGUUAAUGGGGAGCCCACAGGACAGCCAGUCAUCAAGGACAUCCUGAUCGAUGAUGCCCAGUGGGAAUAUGAUGAUUCAACUGAACAUGAAAUGAUCAUCACAGAGCUGCAGGCAGAGACCACAUAUUCGGUCGCUGUGGCAGCUUAUACCACAAAAGGCGACGGGGCACGUAGCAAGCCCAAACUGAUCACCACCACUGGCGCAGUUCCUGAUAAGCCUCGACUCAUGGUCAGUACUACCAACAUGGGCACAGCCCUCCUCCAGUGGCAUCCCCCAGCAUUAACCCAUGGGCCCCUGCAAGGCUAUCGUCUCCGUUUUGGCCGCAAAGAUGUGGAUCCACUGACUGUCAUUGAGUUCCCUGAGCGUGAGAACCACUACACUACCAAAGAGAUCCAUAAGGGAGCCUCAUACACUUUCCGCCUCUCAGCCCGCAACAAGGUGGGCUUUGGCGAGGAGACAGUCAAAGAGGUCACCACAAAUGAAGAUGUCCCGAGUGGAUACCCUCAGAGCAUUACUGCAGAGGGUGCCACGACCACCACCAUUCAGGUUAGCUGGAAACCCGUUUUGCUGGCAGAGCGUAAUGGCCAAAUUGUGAAAUACGCUCUGCAGUACAAGGACAUCAACAGCCCACGCAGCCCCUCUGAACUCUUCAUCACUGCCCCAGAAUCAACAGUCAUCUUGGAUGGCCUUAAGGCAGAUACCACUUAUGAUAUUAAAAUGUGCGCCUUCACCAGCAAGGGCUCUGGCCCCUAUAGCCCAAGUGUCCAAUUCAGGACACAGCCUUUGGAUCAAGCAGUGUUUGCAAAAAAUUUUCACGUGAAAGCUGCCAUGAAGACAUCAGUGUUGCUCACCUGGGAAAUCCCAGACAACUACAACCCAGCUCAGCCCUUCACUAUUCUCUACGACAAUGGGCAGAGUGUGGAAGUGGAUGGCAAGCUCACCCAGAAGCUCAUCACAGGUCUUCAGCCUGAGACACAGUAUUCCUUCCUCUUGACCAACCGUGGGAACAGCGCCGGAGGCCUCCAGCACCGCGUGUCCACCAUGACGGCCCCAGACAUUCUACGCACAAAACCCUACCUGAUCGGCAAGACCAACUCUGACGGUAUGGUGACUGUGGAGCUACCGUCGGUGCAGACAUCUGAGAAAGUCAGAGGAUACUACAUUGUGGUGGUGCCUCUGAAGAAGCAGCGCAGUGGCAAGUUUUUCAAACCCUGGGACAGUCCUGAUGAGAUGAAUUUGGAGGAGCUGCUGAAAGAGAUUAACCGAACAAGCAGAGGCCUUCGAUUCCGGAGGCAAGCCGAACCCAAAGCCUAUAUCGCUGCCUACUUCAAAGACCUGCCCACAGAGUUCACCCUGGGAGACGCCAAGAUCUAUGGCGACUUUGAAAACAAGCAGCUCCAGAAUGGCCAGGAGUACAUCUUCUUUGUGCUUGCUGUUCUUGAGAUGUCUGAAAAUACCAUGUAUGCCACCAGCCCCUACUCAGAUCCGGUUGUGUCAGCCGACAUCGACCCCCAGCCAAUCAUUGAUGAGGAGGAAGGGCUAAUCUGGGUGGUGGGCCCUGUGCUAGCUGUUGUCUUCAUCAUAUGCAUCGUCAUUGCCAUCCUCCUCUACAAGAGCAAACCAGACAGGAAAAGAGCAGAAUCUGAAGCUAGGAAAGGAAGUCUCCCCAACAGCAAAGAAAUGCCAUUGCAUCAUCCCACUGACCCUGUCGAGCUUCGACGUCUCAACUUCCAAACACCUGGUUCAGGUGCACCCGGUUACCCCAGUAACUUCCAUUCGUCAAGCAUGGCCAGCCACCCUCCGAUUCCAAUCAUGGACCUGGCAGAUCACCUGGAGCGCCUGAAAGCUAACGACAACCUCAAGUUUUCACAGGAAUAUGAGUCCAUUGACCCUGGACAGCAGUUCACGUGGGAGCACUCUAACCUGGAAGUCAACAAGCCAAAGAACAGAUAUGCUAACGUGAUAGCAUAUGACCACUCCAGAGUAUUGCUCUCUGCUAUUGACGGCAUCCCUGGAAGUGACUACAUCAAUGCCAACUACAUUGAUGGCUACAGGAAGCAGAAUGCCUACAUCGCCACCCAGGGAUCCCUGCCAGAGACAUUUGGCGACUUCUGGAGGAUGAUCUGGGAGCAGAGGAGUGCCAACAUCGUCAUGAUGACCAAACUGGAAGAGAGGUCCAGGGUGAAAUGUGACCAAUACUGGCCCACAAGAGGAACCGAAACCUAUGGUCUCAUCCAAGUGACGCUGCUGGACACAGUAGAGCUGGCCACGUACUGCGUCAGGACGUUUGCACUUUAUAAAAACGGUUCCAGUGAGAAGAGAGAGGUGAGGCAGUUCCAGUUUACAGCCUGGCCGGACCACGGGGUGCCUGAACACCCUACUCCGUUCCUGGCUUUCCUGAGACGGGUGAAAGCCUGCAAUCCACCUGACGCAGGGCCCAUGGUGGUACACUGCAGUGCUGGGGUGGGACGCACAGGUUGCUUCAUCGUGAUUGAUGCCAUGUUGGAACGUAUCAAGCACGAGAAGACCGUAGACAUCUACGGCCAUGUGACGCUAAUGCGUGCCCAGCGCAACUACAUGGUGCAGACAGAGGACCAGUACGUCUUCAUUCACGACGCGCUCCAGGAGGCCGUCAAUUGCGGCACCACCGAAGUGCCCGCCAGGAACCUAUACGCCUACAUCCAGAAACUGACGCAGAUAGAGGGCGGAGAGAACGUCACCGGCAUGGAACUGGAGUUCAAGCGUUUAGCCAACACUAAAGCCCAUACAUCACGAUUCAUCAGUGCCAAUCUCCCCUGCAACAAGUUCAAGAACCGCCUUGUGAACAUAAUGCCAUACGAGUCCACACGAGUGUGUCUUCAGCCCAUUCGAGGAGUAGAGGGCUCUGACUACAUCAAUGCUAGUUUCAUUGAUGGAUACAGGCAACAGAAAGCCUACAUUGCCACACAGGGACCACUGGCAGAGACCACAGAGGACUUCUGGAGGAUGCUUUGGGAGCACAACUCAACUAUCGUAGUCAUGCUCACCAAGCUCAGAGAAAUGGGCAGGGAAAAAUGCCACCAGUACUGGCCAGCAGAGAGGUCAGCCAGAUACCAGUACUUUGUGGUGGACCCCAUGGCCGAGUACAACAUGCCCCAGUAUAUCUUGAGAGAGUUCAAAGUGACUGACGCCAGGGAUGGACAGUCACGGACAGUAAGGCAGUUUCAGUUCACAGACUGGCCUGAGCAAGGAGUGCCAAAAUCGGGAGAAGGCUUCAUUGAUUUCAUCGGCCAAGUACAUAAAACGAAAGAGCAGUUUGGCCAGGAUGGGCCUAUCUCAGUCCACUGCAGUGCGGGUGUGGGUAGAACCGGAGUUUUCAUCACUCUCAGCAUUGUCUUGGAACGAAUGAGAUACGAGGGCGUAGUAGACAUCUUUCAGACGGUGAAAAUGCUACGGACACAGAGACCAGCUAUGGUGCAGACAGAGGAUCAAUACCAGUUCUGUUACAGAGCUGGUUUGGAGUACCUGGGGAGCUUUGAUCACUAUGCAACGUAAAAGACCCAGAAUCGGAGGAGAAAAGCGGAGGGCCCUUUGGAAAGAAAACCCAGUGAGCCUCUCUUCUGAGCCAUAAAUUCCUGCUUGAGAAAGUACUUCUUAACUCUUAGCUAACAACUCAUUUAAGUGUUGGAUGUGCGACAUGACAUGUCAAAAAAUGAAAAAGAUGAUUCCAGGAGGACCAAGUAUUUCCCAAUCCCGAUAAAACCUCACCUUGACACAAAAACGUGAGGGAAUCCUGACUGUUGAAGCAUCGAAUGGGAUUACUUUUUUCUGUUGCUUCAAGGAUUCGUUUUGGGGCUCAUGAAAACUGAACGAAACCAAUACAAAAAAGUAAAUGAUGAACAAUAAUGACAUCGACAAAUAAUGCAUCAACGAUUGCGAACCAUUACGAGAGGCACUGGAGGCACACCGAAUGGCUAAAAAAAAAAAAUAAAUAAAAAAACUGGAAAAAAAAAAAACAAAAAAAAAAACUCGAUGCACAUUGUAAAGAAAAAAAAAUCUGUUUCACAAUCAAGUACACACAGACAACCCAUCGAAAAAGAAGACAACAAUGCUUGGUCCACAACGAAAGCAGGACAGACCUAAAGUAAUAAUAAAUAACUACCCCUUUUCUUGUCACAAUGUUCAUCAUCAAAAUUUUGGGAGAGGGUACUAUUAUAAUGACCUAUGAAACAAAUAUAAAAUAUUGAUUUAGUUUUUUAGUACUUUAUUAUACAGCUGAUGUGCUUUUUUUGAACUGUGUGGAUUUCUUUUUCUUUUUUCCUUUUUUUACACAAACCUAUCGCUUGACAAAAGUGAUUAAAAAGUAUCACGUACCUGUUCACAUUUUUUUCUUCCUUUUUUUUUAAGCUGUAGAACUGUUCUGAUAUCUGCGCUAUCUUGCCGAGGAAGUCUUGUUGUCAGAGACAGUUUUGUUUCUCCUUUUUGUUGCAUUUGUGCACAGUCUGGAAAUCACACUACCAAAUUUUAACUUUUUUUUGUCCUUUUUUUUUUUUAACAGGGUUCUUAUUUUGUUUUGUUACUUUGUUUGCUUUUUUUGUUGUCCAUCAUCACAUACACGGUAACUUAAUUACUCCCAUGAGAUUAACUGGGGCUUUGUGGAAUCAACAGGGAUGAGCAAAGUAUGAAGUUGCUGCUACCGAUUAUCUUAGUUCUUCCAUGUUAGAAUGAAGAUAAGAAAGAAUCUGAUGAAUUGGAUAAGAUAUAUUUAUAUAUAUAUAAGGUAUAGAUUGUUAAAUAUAUGUGAAUAAUCUAUUAAACAAAAUAUACAUAUAACAUUAUAAAUAGAUGGAUAAAGUACAUAAUUUAUGGGUAUAUAAACAUAUAUACAUCUAUAUAUAUAUAUGACAUAUGGAGUGUCAAUGAAAGCUUCCAAAAUGAGAUUUCUGUGCUGUGGGGGAAAUAAAGAGAUUUUUCACUGGAAUGCACAUCAGUAGGACAAAAUCGCAUUCUGAUUCAGUGCAUCUUUUCUUGUGCAAUAAAUAUGUGUAUUAUAGAUAGGGUUUUAUGUGGAUACGUCAUUCAGUCAUGACAUUGUUGUUCCCCCCGCAACUGAGGAGUGGGAGUGGGGAUGUCAGGUGCCAGUCAGAGCAUCGCCGGUGCAUUUGCGAGGACUCACACGGUGUGUAAUUAGAAGGCGAGGGUCACCCAGCCGCGCUCACCGCUCCAUACAAUAGGGCAAGGUACAAAGACAUCACUUUCUUGUGGUUCUUUAUGAGCAUUCAGUGGUAAUGACAUGUUUUCAUUUUGCAUUUAGAGUGCCUUAUAUUUAUGCCUGUUUUUAUAAUGUUUCAUUUAACAUGUUAAUGUUAUCCUUUAAGUAAUCUAGGCAUUUAGUGUACAUGUAAUUGAAUAGUUUAUUUACCUUAAUAUUCAUUUGUCACAUAAUGAGAUUAUAUAUGCAAAUAAGAACAUUUCAAAGCUCAUAAUUUUCAUUUUCUGUGGCCUUAUUGUGGCUGAGUGAAUUAGAAUUAAAUCUUAAUUCACUGACCUCUACAGAAAAACAGAAAAGAAGUAAAAAAAAAAAAAAAAAAAAAGAACAUGAUCCAUAAGGCACAACAGUGUCGAUAAAACAACGUAUGUACGCCCCCCAAGUUUCAAAUUUCCAGAGCCAUCGCUGAGAUGAAAUGCAUUUUCCGAGGACGGGGGUUUGCAGAAUAUGGGCAUUUUGAAGCAAAGAGGCUGAAGCAACACUCAGGCCAUCAAUACAUGCAUCAUGGCCCGAUAUGAAGUCACUGAGCUUUCUGCAGACUGUUACAGUGGUCAAGUUUUCCAACACAGAAAAUGCAGCAUAUUCUGUAUUUAGGAUGGAUCACGAUAGUAUAAAAAAAAAAAAAAAACGAUUGGGCAAACCGAAUGCUCUCGGUCAUUACAGUUGAGGGGUUUCUUCUUCAUGCCUUAGGUUUGAAAGUACUGACUUGAUAUGUGGCACGACAGAGUGCACAUACAGAAAACACACACACAGCAGGAAGAUACCGGUUCUGUUAUCCUGACAAUCCGAGUGUGUCCCGUCCUUCUUUGACAUUAUUAGUUUAACAGUGAUUGUUAGUGACUGGGGGGUCCGUUCAGUUUUGCAUCAGGAUUUCAUUUGAACAGCAUCUUUUAACUUCUCCUUCCCCUCUUUGAUGGCUUUGUGGAUGUGCAUUCCAGGUGCUUUCUUUCCCUUGUUAACUCAAGCAGCUAUGUCUUUUAUUUUUGUCAAUGGCUUAAUUGAUUACUGUUUUUUUUUGUUUUUUUUUUGCGUGUCUUUUUUCAUAACAUUGAGAUAUAAAAGUGCUAUUAUUUAACCUCAUGGUUGCUAACGCUACAUUAUGUACUUAGUUCAUGUCUCCGUACAUCGACAUUAUUUUCUCAUCUCAGUCUUUCCUUUUUGUUUCUUUUUCAUAUGCAUGGUGAAACAUUGCAGAAUGGCCGCAGCCGGCCUAGUAGGAAGAUUUGCACUUUCUAUAUCUUUGUACUAUGCACUGCCCUAUUGAUUCUAAACCCAAUAAUAUAUUACUUGAACCCAUCUAUAAAAAUCUCCUUAAACGUUCACUUUGUGUGUAUGUAAAUAACACAAAAAAGGUAUCAACUCUCGAAAAAGACAAAAAAAAAGUUUGUGGCGAAAAAGAGCAUCCAUUCUGAUGCCAUGGUGACUCCAGCAGACAACUUCAGAAAAUCUGUCCCCCAACCAUCUGUUCUCGUGGCUUCGCCAUUCAAGCUUGGAGUGUCAUUAACAGAAAUAAACGUUGUGUUCUCUGCUCUCUCUAUCUAUCUCUCGUCUGGAUGCAUAGACUGAAAAUUAAAUAAUGAAAUUGUAAAAAAAUGGCUUGUUAAAAAGAAAUCAUACAAUUACCUCUGAUUAGUUGUAAGCGUAAACUGUUUUUUUGUUUUGUUUUUUUCUGAAUGAAAGGAGUGCUUUUUAUUUUCUUACUUAGGUUACAUUGGUGGCGAAAGAAGUCUGUAUGAAAAUCAGUUCUUUGCUGACACAAGUUCCAUUUGUUAUAAAUGAAUUCUAUUAAAAAAUGUCAGUGUUA